GCCGCCGAGUGGGCCUGCGGCCCGGGCCGGCGGCUCCUGGGGGCGGGGCCUGCGCCGCCCGGGCCCCGCGCCCGCGCCCCGCACCUGCCCGCCCCGCCGAGGCCCGGAAGGGGCCGGUGGCGCUUCCGUCUCCGCCGGGGAUGCUCGGAGGGCGGAGCCGCGGCCCGCGGACGCGACGCGAGCCCAGUUCCGGCGAGGAGGCCGCGCCAGUGACAGCGAUGGCGGCGGAGUCGGCGCUCCAAGUUGUGGAGAAGCUGCAGGCGCGGCUGGCGGCGAACCCGGACCCGAAGAAGUUAUUAAAAUAUCUGAAGAAACUCUCCGCCUUGCCUAUUACAGUGGACAUCCUUGCGGAGACCGGUGUUGGGAAAACAGUAAACAGUUUACGAAAACACGAGCACGUUGGGAGCUUUGCCAGGGACCUCGUGGCCCAGUGGAAGAAGUUGGUUCCUGUGGAACGAAACACUGACCCCGAGGAACAGGACUUCGAGAAGAACAAUUCCCGAAAGCGCCCCAGGGAUGCUCUCCGGAAGGAGGAGGAGCUCAAGGGGGACUACCAAGAAAACUGGAACGCCUCCAGCAGCCAACAGUGUAGUCCUGAUCACAGACAGAAAAAGCACAGGAAACUCUCCGAGCUCGAAAGACCUCACAAAGUGUCUCACGGUCAGGAGAGGAGAGAGGAGCGGAAGAGGGGCCACCGGGUCUCACCAAUUUACUCCUCAGACCACGAGUCUUCCGAUUAUGGCCACGUUCAGUCCCCUCCAUCGUCUGGCAACCCUCAUCAGGUGUCCGCGGACCAUUACAGAUCCCCCGAUGAGGACCACGAGCCCUUUGCUCCGCACCAGAAGCCCGGAAAGGGCCACAGUAAUGCCUUUCAGGACAGACGGGGCUUCAGUCAAGAAAGACAGCUGGGUGAGCCCCAGGGGAAGGGGGUUGUGAGCCACAACAAGGAGCACAAAUCUUCCCAUAAAGAGAAGCGUCCGGUGGACGACCGGGGAGAGGACAGGCUGCCUUUGAGCAGAGAGAAACCCCACAAGGCCGUCUCCAGAGAGGAGAGCCGGAGGCCCCUCGCAGCGGACGGCACAAAGGAGAAACCGCCCUCUGGUGGCACCAGGAGGGAGAAGGAGAGAGAGGGCAGCACCAAGAAGUUUUCGUCCCCCUUGGAGACUGCUUCAGAUAACCACCCCAAAAAGCAAAAGCACAAAGACUCAGAGAAAACCAAAUCGGACAAAAGCAAGCAAAGUCUGGACAGCUUAGGCACAGGGAAGGGGGCCAGAGACCUGCCGCCCAAGGCAAAAGAGAAGGUUUCUAACAACCUAAAGACGCAAGAGGGGAAAGUGAAAACUCAUUCAAAUAGGAAGCCGGCGGCCUCCCUCCCUAAAGGUGAGGAGGCAGACGUGGAUGAUGAAUUUGAGCAGCCCACCAUGUCCUUUGAGUCAUACCUCAGCUAUGACCAGCCCCGGAAGAAAAAGAAAAAGGUGGUGAAAACCUCCGCCACGACCGUCGGAGAGAAAGGACUUAAAAAAAGUGACUCGAAAAGCACUAGUAAAAACUCAGACCCAGUUCAGAAACUACCUAAGGUGAACGAAAACAAGUCAGAGAAACUCCAGCCGGCUAGGGCUGACGCAGCCAAGCCGAGAAAGGUCCCGCCCGAGGCGUUGCCCGUGUUGCCGGACCUCCCGUUACCUAUGAUACAGGCCAAUUACCGGCCACUUCCUUCCCUUGAAUUGGUGUCCUCCUUCCAACCAAAGCGAAAAGCACACUCUUCUCCCCAGGAAGAGGACGAAGCCGGGUUCACUGGACGGAGAAUGAAUUCUAAGAUGCAGGUGUAUUCUGGUUCCAAGUGUGCCUAUCUCCCCAAAAUGAUGACCUUGCACCAGCAGUGCAUCCGGGUACUUAAAAACAACAUCGACUCAAUCUUUGAAGUGGGAGGUGUCCCAUAUUCUCUUCUUGAACCCGUUUUGGAGAGGUGUACACCUGAUCAGCUGUAUCGUAUAGAGGAAUACAAUCACGUAUUAAUUGAAGAAACAGAUCAAUUAUGGAAAGUUCAUUGUCACCGAGACUUUAAGGAGGAAAGGCCAGAAGAGUAUGAGUCAUGGCGGGAGAUGUACCUGCGGCUUCAGGAUGCCCGAGAGCAGCGGCUACAAUUACUGACAAAGAAUAUCAAAUCUGCACAUGCCAAUAAGCCCAAAGGCCGACAAGCACAAAUGGCCUAUGUCGACUCUGAGGUCAAGCCACCUCGUGAUGUUCGAAGGAGGCAGGAGAAGUUUGGAACAGGAGGAGCAGCUGUGCCCGAGAAAAUCAAGAUUAAGCCAGCCCCUUACCCCACAGGAAGCAGUCAUGCUCCCUCCAGCAGUGGCAGCAGCAGCUUUAACGCCAGCCCUGAGAAGUCAGCCUAUGAUGGCCCGAGCACCAAAAGUGCCCACUACAUGCCCGUCGUCAGCAGUGCUGUUUCCUACGAUCCUAGGAAACCGCCUGUGAAGAAAAUUGCCCCCAUGAUGGCUAAGACAAUUAAAGCUUUCAAGAACAGAUUCUCCCGACGAUAAACUGAGGACUUGCCUUGGAGGUGGAAUUUAGGGGUGAGGAAGAUAAGGACAGUGGGGGCUGGGGAAUGGAACUUCCAAAGGAGACCUGAGUCUUUUGCGUCGUGGAAGCUUCGGUCUCUGAGUCCUGCACAGUCCGCAGGGGUCGCAUCUGUGAACCCACGUGCCGCAGCCACUGCCUCCCCGCCUGGAGAAUACUUCAGAGUUCUGAAGAAGAUGUGAAGCCUCAGUCUCACUGAGCGUUUUAAGGUCAAUUAUACUUUUGUUGUUAUUUAGCUUCUUUGUAAACUAUAAGAUAGUUUUAAUUAAUAAAUAUUGCCCAGAUUGUAUUUAUAUUACCCCCAG